GUUUGUUCCCUCAUCCUUCCUCUUUCGUCUCGUCGGUCUUUCCUACUUUGCUUCCGCGGCGGCGCCGCCACUCGACCUGCUUGUUCCGAUGCACGUCUGAAGUCAAUCGCCUCCGACGACCGCCUUCCGAUUCCAACCCCGCGCCAUCCAUUCAAUAUUCCGACGCCGUCUUAUUCCCAUCGAGUCGUGGGCGCCCUUCUGUCCGACCAUUUCAACGCUGCGGAACUCUCUUUUUGAGUGAAGGGACACUCUGCGUUAUACCUCUAGCAUUUUCAACUGAGGAAAAAUGGCAACGAAGAAGAAUCCUGUUGUUUUUCUUGAGAUUUCGGUGGAUGGAAAGCCUCCUGAGAGAAUGGAUAUAGAGCUUUUUGCUGAUGUAGUUCCAAAAAUUGCAGAGAAUUUUCGAGCACUUUGUACUGGCGAAAAAGGCAUUGGAGCUUCUACAAAAGUACCAUUGUGUUACAAGGGUUCAACCUUCCAUCGAAUUGUGAAAGGAUUUGUUGCUCAAGGUGGCGAUUUAUCAAGACAAGAUGGCAUUGGUGGUGAGAGCAUAUAUGGAAGAAAAUUUCCAGAUGAAAAUUUUAAGCUCAAGCAUGCAGGACCUGGCUUUCUAUCAUUGGCAAGCUCCGCACCCAACUCAAAUGGCUCUCAAUUUUUUAUUACCUUCAGGGCUACUCCAGAGCUUGAUGGCAAAAAUGUUGUGUUUGGGAAGGUACUAAGUAGUUCAGCAUUAUUGAAGAAGAUAGAACAUGCAGGUACUGAGAAAGGAAAACCCCUUUACAUGGUAAAAAUUGUUGAUUGUGGUGAAGUUUCUGCUGGUAAUAUUCAAGUUGCAGCAAGAAAAGAGAAGGAGAAGCUUAGAAAAGCCAGCUCAGAUAGUUCUUCCAGUGAUAGUUCUGGUGGAGAACAAAGGUCAAAUCACAAAAGAACUGUUAAAGAGGAAAGAAAGAAAAGAAAGAGAAGAUAUUCAUCUGAUUCUUAUAGUUCGGAUGAUUCUGAUUCUGAUACCUACUCAUCUGAUAGUGUUUCUAGUUCAGAGUCUGACUCAUCAUAUACAAGUUCCUCAAGUGGUUCUAGGUAUAAGAGGAGAAAGAGAACAUUAAGAAAAAACAAAGAUAAACAUGGUAGAAGAAAGAAUGAUCGCAAUAGAGAUAGGCAGCAAAAAAUUCACAACAACAGACCUACUCGUAAAGCCAAACGGAGCUCAAUAAGUUCCAGUGAUUCAGAGAGUGGAAGCACCAGCAAUAGUAGCUCUGGUGGAGAAAAACCUAGUCCUCAUGAUAGUAUUAAGAACUUCAAGCAAUCACUGCAGCAUACUGAUAUCUCUGCUAAAAACGAUGGGAGGAAACAAUCUCUUCCAGCAGCAUCAGUUAAACCAAUAGCUACUGGAAAUGCAUCCAAAAGUGAAAGGAUAGUAGAUCCUGAUGUUAAUGCCUCACAUGAAGCAGGACAUGUUUCUAAAGAAAAGAGAGAUUAUCCAGACGUAACAAAUCACUCGAUAGAAAAAUUUAAUGAAAGGACCAAAAAACCUCCCAAUUCAAGUGAGAGGUCAAGAAAAUCCAGGAGCCCGAUCAAACCAAAAGAAUAUUCCAUUGGAAGUCGUGGGGCUCUCCCAAGCAUGGAGCGUACAUCAAGCCUAACCAGAGCUCAACAUUCUGGUGAUGCUGACCGAAGUUUGGACAGAGGAAUCAGCAGAAGAAGCAAAAGUCAUUCGAGGAGCCCAAGGCGGGAAUUAGAUUCAUCCAAAAAGCCAUCGCCUACAGGUCCUCCAAAACGCAUUAGGAAGGGAAGGGGUUUUAGCGAACAGUAUGCCUAUGUACGGAGGUACAGGACACCAUCACCAGAGCAUUCUCCUAUUCGCUCCCACUACUAUAGAGCCCGAUAUGAACUAGGAAGAGAAAGAAAUAGGUACCCAAGACGUCCAUUCUAUGCUGAUCGUUCUCCGGUAAGACGCUACCGAGGCUCUCCAAGAGGCAAUAGUCCACCCGGAUACCGCACCAGAAGGGAUCGAAGCAGGAGCUUGUCACGUAGCCCUAUUCGUGGCCGGCAGAGGGUUCGGAGCCAGAGCCGAAGACAAAGUCGAAGCCCUUUGGACAGGCAGAAGCCUGCUCCGAGCAGUCAGCUUCAAUCUCGCCUCGGUCCUCAAGGACAUGAUUUUCGCUUUGCUAGAGAGCAAUCAAGAUCAAAGAGCCCUAGCCUUUCGAAGUUUAGAUCUGAUGCAGGACGUGCAUGCACUGCUGACAAGGGAAGAUCUCGAAGCACCUCUAAAUCCAGCAGCCCUAACGCAGCCAAUGGACUGGUUGCAUAUGGAGAUGGCAGCCCCAAUAAGUAGCUUUCGGGCAAAAUCGAUGUUGCAGUCUAUGUUAUCGUUUUGUUUCUGCAGAAUUGUCAAUUUAUUAUAUUUGCUUAGAAACCAGUUGUCUGGGACUCGAAGUUUUCCUGCUUGGUGUUGCUAAGUUGGAACUGAGUUUGGAUGUUUUUCUUUCUUGCUUCUCCGGUAUCCAUCGUUUUCAGUUAUUUGUGUUUUCCUCUAGCAAUGUUCAUUGAUGUUUUAAAACGCAAAUCAAGGGAUGCUCAGCUUGAUUA